AAUGCAACGUCCGUACCUAAACGGACGGCAUCGAAUUCCGAAACUAUAAAUACGAUGAUUUAAUGCGAACAUGACAUAAAAAUUUAUUGUAAUAACCAUUCUGUACCGUUCCCUUUCCCAUGGGGAGCCAACAGAAAAAGGUCACUUCGUUCUUCUCCUCCGCUCUUAGAGUCAAAAGCCUAAACUCGUCCUCCAACAGCACAACUUCUGGCGAUGGCCUUAUCCGCCGGCUCGGCGUUUUCGAUCUUAUCCUUCUCGGCGUCGGCGCCUCCAUCGGUGCCGGCAUCUUCGUUGUUACCGGAACCGUCGCUCACGAUGCCGGCCCCGGAGUGACAAUUAGUUUCGUACUCGCGGGAGCGUCGUGUGUGUUGAACGCGCUGUGUUACGCGGAGCUAGCAUCACGGUUUCCUGCAGUAGUCGGAGGCGCGUAUUUGUACGCGUAUACGGCGUUCAAUGAAAUCACAGCUUUUCUUGUCUUCAUGCAAUUAAUGUUGGAUUACCAUAUCGGAGCGGCCAGUAUUGCUCGUAGCUUAGCGAGCUACGUGGUUUCGAUUUUCGAGCUUAUCCCUGCUUUAAAAGGAAACAUACCGGCUUGGAUUGGCCACGGUGGUCAAGAAUUCUUUGGAGGAACUUUGUCUAUUAAUGUUUUGGCUCCGAUUCUUCUUGCCCUUUUGACAGUUAUUCUCUGUCGGGGUGUUAAAGAAUCUUCUGCUGUUAAUUCUUUCAUGACUGCAACAAAGGUUGUCAUUGUUAUUUUUGUCAUCAUUGUUGGUGCUUUCAAAGUUGAUUUAGACAAUUGGUCUCCUUUUGCUCCCAAUGGUUUUAAAGAAAUAUUGACAGGAGCUACUGUAGUAUUCUUUGCGUAUGUUGGAUUUGAUGCGGUUGCUAAUUCUGCUGAAGAAUCAAAGAGGCCUCAGCGGGAUUUGCCAAUAGGAAUCGUGGGAAGUCUGCUUAUAUGUAUUGCAUUAUACAUUGGUGUUUGCUUGGUGAUCACUGGGAUGGUACCUUACAAUCUCCUGGGAGAAGAUGCUCCUUUAGUUGAAGCUUUUACUUCCAAGGGUUUGAAAUAUGUUUCCAUUUUAAUCAGCAUUGGAGCUGUUGCUGGGCUUACAACAACCCUUCUAGUUGGUCUUUAUGUCCAGUCUCGGUUAUAUCUUGGGCUUGGAAGGGAUGGCUUACUGCCUUCAAUAUUUGCUAAAGUGCAUCCAAACCGCCACACACCUAUUCAUUCUCAAAUCUGGGUUGGUAUCGUUGCUGCUGUUUUGGGAGGACUAUUUAACGUGCAUGUCCUAUCACACAUUCUUUCAGUUGGCUCACUGACAGGCUAUUCUGUAGUUGCAGCAUGUGUUGUAACUCUUCGCUGGAAAAAUAAGACAGGAAAUCAAGUUUCUUCAAAAUGCAUAUCAAACUGGUGUGAAGGUGUCAUAUACAUUGUCAUAGUGGCAUGCUGUGGUUUUGCUACUGGACUUCUUUAUCGUUUCGGUGCUUCCUUUAUUUUUAUGAUUGUUGCAGUGGUGAUAGCCAUAAUUGCUUGUGCUGCUCUUUAUUGCCGUCAGGCUUAUUCAGAUCCUCCAGGGUUCUCUUGUCCCGGUGUUCCCAUUGUGCCAUCUGUUUGUAUCUUUUUCAACAUCUUCCUGUUUGCUCAGUUGCACUAUGAAGCAUGGAUCAGAUUCGUCAUCCUCAGCGUAGUAUCUGUCGGUAUUUAUGCAUUUUAUGGACAGUAUCAUGCUAAUCCAAGUUCAGAUGAGACAAUUAUUUACCAUAUGGUACCUGAUGAAGAUGCGCGCUAAUUACAUGUUUACCUGCCUGUGCUUCUUGGUACGUCUUGCAGUUUAUCAUCCUAUUGUUUUGCAUUGAUCUUGUUAUAAAAUCAUUUGUGAUCAUAUGUAACAUAAGACGCAUAAUAGUCGAAAUACUCUGGAUAAAGCCAAACACUUAGAGAAGCUGAACAAUAGGUUUGUAGAUAUCGAAUUCUCUUAGACAAUUAUUAGCUUCAUGCUGCCAUCUAAUAAAUAGAGAAUGUUGUUCCUGUGGUCUUUUCUGCA